CGUUCCGGGGGAAUAUCCGGGGGAUCUAACUGCUACUGUGACCAAGAAAGAGAGGGAUGUUGAUUACAAGAUCCUUUCGCCAAAAGCAAAGUCGCCUGUAAGCCAGCACAUGCGCGAAGGUUACAGAUUAGAGACUUAUGAAGCUGAGAGUAACAAGAAGCGGAAACCAGGGGAAACAGAAUUGCCUGAUGCAAAGAGAAAGAGAGUUUCUUUCGGCCCCUAUCUUAACCCUGAACAUUUUGAUAAACAGUUGCCGCCAGCUACUCCUGUCAGCAAGGGCGAGAAACCAAACACACGACGAGCGUCAUUGGAUUUGCCGAGCAGUCCAUUUGUAAAGGGAAGCUCAAAGAAGAAAAACCGCAUUUCACUCAUUCCAAGUGCCUCCGUUAUUACAGAAGAGAGUGGUGUUGAUACCCCAACUAAGAGUCUUUUAAGGAGAAGGAGCCCAACUCCAGUGAAACCUUACUUGGCUCGAAGUCUUGGUCUCCUUACUCCCAAGGCAUUGAAUGGAACACCAAACUCAAGCCCAGAAAACUUGAAAACACAUUCGGUGCAAGCAGAAUUAUCAGCUUCUGAAGUGUCAAGUGCAUUGGAGAGUGUCUUUCAGAAGAGCACAAAGGCUGCGGGAUCACUCAGUCCAAAGGUCAGCAGUGAUGAUGAAGGAAAUGCACCUGCUGUGAAGAGCCCAAAAGCCUCAAGCCCAACAGCUGCCUCUCCAAAGUCCAGGAGUCCAGCAGCUGCAACCCCCAAGGCCAAGAGUCCGUUGGCAUCCCCCAAGGCCAAGAGUCCGUUGGCAUCCCCCAAGGCCAAGAGUCCGUCGGCAUCCCCCAAGGCCAAGAGUCCAUCUGCAUCCCCCAAGGUUAAGAGUCCAAAGGUUAUCUCUACUAAAAUCAUUAGUCCAAAAACGUCCCCCAAAAGCACUAAGAGCCCUAAAGCAGUUACUCCAAAGAAACCUAGCCUUCAUACUGCCACCCCCAAGAAGCUGGAAAAGACACCCAUUGAGAAAGUCCCCAUCAAACUUGUCACCCCAAAAUCUGGAGCCAAGAAACUGUCUUCCCCAAAGUCCAUGUCUGCAAAGACGACGACCCCCAAGACAAGUCCGAAGACUCAAGUAACACCCAAGAAUAGUAACUUGAAAACUUCUCCAAAGAUAUCAGUGACCUUAAAGACAUCUCCAGGGAAACUAGGGGCCCCCAAAACCACUCCCAAGAAGCUUGGAACCCCCAAGAUCACACCCAAGAAGUUGGGUACUCUGAAAACUACGCCCAAGAAGGUGGAUACCCCCAAAGUUACACCCAAGAAGAUUGAUACCCCCAAAGUUACACCCAAAAAGGUGGAAACCCCCAAAGUUACACCCAAAAAGGUGGAAACCCCCAAAGUUACACCCAAGCAGGUAGAUACCCCUAAAGUUACACCCAAGAAGGUGGAAACCCCUAAAGUUACACCCAAGCAAGUAGAUACCCCUAAAGUUACACCCAAGCAAGUAGAUACCCCCAAAGUUACACCCAAGAAGGUGGAAACCCCAAAAGCUACACCCAAGGUGGAUACUCUGAAAGCCACACCUAAGAAGGUGGGAACACCCAAGAAAGUAACUCAGUUGGGGAGACUAAAACUUGCACCCAAGAAAGGUGGUGUAAAAGCAACUACAAAAACCACUCCCAAAUCAACAUCCUCAAGAGGACAGAAAAGGAAGGCUAGCUUGACACCUCAGGCAGCAAAAUCCAAGAAGACCAAAGUAGCUGUAGCCACGCCUAAGCAAGGAAGCACUCCUAAGAAAACACCAAAGAAAGUUCAAGCAAGAGUUAUAGGUAAGACUCCUGGCAAGACCCCUGGGAAGACCCCUAAAAAGUCCUGGGCAGAUGUGUUGAAGCGAGGCCUCAUGACGCGGAAGAUGCCAUCGUCCAAGGCCCAACGUGCCAGGGAAGUUAUUCAGAAGGCAAGAGUCCUCAGGGAUUCUCGUAAGGCUGGAGGAGUGAAAAGUGCUUCAAAUACCAAAUUUUCCUUGGAGGUGCCACAAAGCUUUGAUUUUAGAACUUCUACCACUGGGCAUGUCAAUUCACCAGCUCCAAUCUUCAUUUACAAGAAAACUGCAAAAACUCCUCGUGUAUUUCGAAAAGGACGAAAAAGCCCCCUUAAGUCCACAACCACAGCGCCAGCAGGAACUGAUGAACACUUGGAGGGAUUGGCAGGGCUCAUGGAUACUCCAGGCAAAGUGGUUGAUUCAGAAGAUAGGAUGGCACAUGAUAUCAAAACUAAUGAAUCUAUCCCAAGAGUUUCCUUGAACCACAAAUCUGCACCAGAAGGCUCACCUCGUCCAAGAGGAAGACCUCCAAAACAAGCAGCAAGUCCAUCAAAGACACCAGAGGGCUCACCUCGUCCUAGGGGCAGGCCUCCAACAAAGGCUGCAAGUCCAGUAAAGUCAACAGAGGGCUCACCUCGUCCAAGAGGUAGGCCUCCAACAAAGGCUGCAAGUCUAACAAAGACACCAGAGGGCACACCUCGUCCAAGAGGUAGGCCUCCAACAAAGGCUGCAAGUCCAGCAAAGACACCAGAGGGCACACCUCGCCCAAGAGGAAGGCCUCCAACACAGGCUGCAAGUCCAGCAAAGACACCAGAGGGCACACCUCGCCCAAGAGGUAGGCCUCCAAAAAAAGACGACACUGCAAGUCCAGUUAAAACACCUCAAAACAUAUCUGGUUCUUCAGAGCAAAUUGAUGCUUCAAGCCCAGGUAAGAAUACAUUAGACUCAAAAUCUCCACUGCAAGGUAGUAUUGCAAGUCCAGUAAAAACUCCAGAAGAACCAACACCAAAACGUAGAGGAAGGCCAGCCAAAUAUUCAAUGACACCAAAUCUAAAAACUCCUUCAGGACCUUCAGCAUCAGAUUUUGAAGACUCUUUAGGUGCAUCACCUGCUCUUUUCUCUCCAUGCACUCCAAGCAUUGUCAGCAAUAGUCACACUUCGGUUAAAAUGAGUAUGUCCUAUGCCAAUACUCCAUCAUCAUAUGGUAAUACCACAAACUUUGAUUUCUCUUCCAUUAAGACACCAGAUGUAACAGAGGAUAAAUUCAUUUCACCACUUGUAACACCUGCUGUGGCCAGCAACACUCCUGAACGUUUAUUGCGAAGUGUACGUGGAAAGUCUGCUUUGGCCUCGCCAGAAGAUGUACCCAUAGAAACAGAUGCUACUACUUUUGACUUUGAGUGUGCUGACACUCCAAAUGUUUCACAGGAUAUAUUUGUCUCGCCAGUGAGUGUAAAAUCUAAAACAUCACCUGAAUUAAGAGGUCUGAAGUCCUUGUACAAGAAAAGUAAUGCUGCAGACUAUAAUAAUGUUGAAGGAUUGAAGAAGCUAAUGUCAACACCAAAGCCUGAUAAUGUGACAAGUUCAUCUUAUACAGAUGUUUCUGAUUUGAGGAACUUGAUGAAAACACCUAAAAUGCCAGUUCCAGAGAGAGAAGCUGAUGACACCCACUUAGCUGGAAUACGGAAAAUUCUGCGAACACCAAAGCCUGUUUCUGAAAGCCCUCAAGCUGAUUAUUCAAAUGUUGCUGGUAUCCGUAAACUGAUGAAGACACCAGCACCUAGUGUUGCAGAGAGAGAAGCUGAUGAUUCUCACAUAGCAGGAAUCAGGAAAGUCUUGCGAACACCAAAACCUAAUCCAGAAAGUCCUAAAGCCGAUUAUACAAGUGUCACUGGAUUGCGUAAGCUUAUGAAGACCCCUAAAGCAAAUGCUGAAGAAGAGCCAGUUGAUGACUCCAAACUCUUUGGUAUUGGAAAAAUGUUACGGACACCAAGAACCACAGAAAGUCCUGAAGCUGAUUACACAAAUAUUCAUGGAGUUCGCAAGUUAAUGAAAACACCUAAAGGGCCUGUACCAGAGCGUGAACCUGAUUACACCCACAUUGCAGGGAUUAGGAAAGUACUGAGGACACCAAAGCCUACACCGCCUUCUCCAAAAGCAGAUUAUAAUAAUAUUGCUGGGGUUAAAAAUCUACUGAAGACCCCAAGAGAGGAAUCUCUGAAUGAGGCAGAUUAUACCAAUGUUACUGGACUGAAGAGGUUACUAAGAACUCCUCGUAGUGCCAAAGAAACUGCAGAGGCUGACUACACUAAUGUACAAGGAUUAAGAGAUCUAAUGAAAUCUCCAAGACAGAAACCAGAAAAUGUGGAAAUAGAAGCAGAUUAUACAGAACCACAAGGAUUAAGGAAUCUGAUGGCUACCCCUGCUCAGAAGCAUCUGGAGCCUUUGGCAGAUUAUACCAAUGUAAAAGGUAUGAAACGAUUGCUUUCAACCCCUCAGACUCACAUUAAUGCACCAGAAGCUGAUUACACCAAUGUGCAUGGAGUGAAGAAUCUUAUGCGAACACCCAAAUCUCAAGAUUAUUCUUUGGAGGUUGACUUACAAGGAUUAGGACAGUUAAUGAAAACACCUCUUACUGACCAAACUAAUGUAGUUAGUCAAGUAACUGAACUGGUACGGCAGACUACCACACCAGCUUCAGGUCGAAAGUCACGAAGGGCUCCAAAAGUCAUCAGUCCAACAACAAGCUCACCUUCAGAAAAUAUACCACCUGUAGAACCACUUAAAUCCCACACAGAGGUAGUACAAGAGAAAGAACUUGAUGAAGGACUGACUCCACGAAGAACUCGAAGAACUAUCAAAACUGAGUCGGAAAGCAAUACCCCAGUGAGACGUGGGCGAUCCCGGCAAGUCAAUGUUAAGAAUGAGGUGGCACAGGAGGAUUCUCCAGUUGCGUCAACUCGUAGCCGCAGGGGCAAACGAGGAACUGCACCUGAAGAGGUAGCUGAAGUGCCACAGAAGAAAUCAAAGAGGCGGCAGAACCAAGCAGAAGAAUCGGUGGAUUCAAAUGAUAGAUCUGAGGAAGAAAAAGUUGAAUUGCCAGUUCCAUACAACAUUAAUGAAAAAGAAUCAGAGGACCUUGUUGAAGAAAAGAAAUCUUUACCAAGGAGAGGUGGCCGAAGCCGCAAGGAUGCAGCUUUGCAGAAUGAAGUAACAACUAAUGAAGAAACAGUAGUGGCGAAGGUUUUGACACCAGUGAAAAGAAGACAAAAGCAGACUGAAGAUAUGGAAGUGAACCUCCCAGUUGCAGUGGAAGCAGCCAUUGAUGAUCCUGUAAAGCCAUCUACACCAGUAAAGAGAGGACAAAGAAGGGCCCAACCAAAGAAAGAAGAAGAAACUGAUGAUGUGGUUCCAUCUUUAGAUAUACCUGCUGUAAAACGUACAAGAGGAAAGUCAACCAAAGAAGUUGCCAAAGUAGAAGAAUCCCCUAAAGUUUCAACACCUGUGCGAAGGGGACGAAGAAGAGGUCAAGCUGAAACUGAGAAAGAAACCGAGCCCCAGGAUUUGCCUGAGACACCUAAAGUAGAUGAAGUACAAAUGAGUGUGGAUGAAGAUCUGGAAAAGCCAGUGAAAAGUCGUGGUAAGAGAGUUCGUGUGGUUGAGGCGAAAGAAGUAAAUACUGAAUUAGUGAAGCCUACAACAAGAAGAGGGCGCUCACAAAAGGUUGUAGAAGAAUUGGACACAGAAGAGGAAAAAAUGGUAGAUAGCAAGCAAAAGGGUGGAAGAAGAGCUGUGAGUAAACAAGAAACGUCAGAAGCUAAUGAAGAAUUAGUGAAGACUGUCAGUAGUGGACGUGGUCGCGGUAGGAAAAAGGCCGAAGAAGGAGAAAAAGACAGCAACCAGGAAACAGAGCAGCCUACCCCAGUCAAAAAACGUGGUAGAGCUGCAAAGGCAAUUGAAGAACCUGAGCCUACUGCAGAAACUUCUACACCAACAACCACCACCAGAAGAGGUCGUGGUAAGGCCACUAACAGCAAGGAGGAGGAAGAAAGCGAGUCCUCUCAGGACCAAGUGAAAACUACUAGCCGUGGUCGAGGCCGCAAACAAACCACAAAAGAUACUGAAGAAACCAUUGUAGCUGAACCUGAAGCAAAGACACGAAAAACAAGGGGGAAAAAAGAGGAAACUGCAAAGAAUGAGGAGGAAGUUGCACAAACCUCUACAAGAUCAAGGCGAAAAGUUGAUACAGAGGAGAAAGUGACAAAGGUGACUAGACAGACGCGGUCACGGAAGUAAAUUAGCAGUACAACUGUAUACCUGAGUACCUGCCUGCAUUUACUGCAAUAGAAGUAAAAUGUUUUAUUCUAUCAGAAGGUUAUCUUACUUUUACUGUCAUGAUUUCAACAAAAAAAUCUGUUUAUAUCAUUUUACAUUUGUAACUUUUUUAAGACUAGAGUUGUAGAUAUGUUAGGUGUUUUAGUGUGUCUUUUAUGUAAUUGUAAAGAUAUUUUUGUCAAACUGACAAAUAAAUAAUUCUAUAGGAAUGUCCCUGAAUGGUUACUUUUACCAUUGGGAUUUAUAUUUUCUGGUAACCAGAUACCAUAAGGAGACAUUGGGGGUAUUUAAAAUUAGAGUUGUUUUCCUUCAAGAUUUGUCCUUCUUACAUUUUCAACACAUUUUUUUUUGUCAAUGAUAGUAUUGACAGUACAUUAUUGCAUAGCUUACAAUAUCUACUCAAUCUCUUACAUAUUUUAAUUUCCUUUAUAUGUGCAAGAUUUGAAGGUUUAGAAAUAAGUUUCUUUCCUUUUUUAUUCUUUAUAAGCUAACAGGAAUUCACAAAUGAAAUUAGAUAAAGCAUGUAGAUAGCAGUCAUUAAAUUGUGAAUAUG